AAGUCUUUCUCUUUUUUCUCGAAAAUCUCUAAUUUUUUCUCAGUUUUAUCUGUAGAGAUUCAACUCAAAAACAAAAGGAAAAAAAAAGAAAUAAACUUUGCUUUUCGCAAUCUCUGAAUUUGCUUUUUGUUCAAAGCUUUUCCCGAUUCGUUACUCGUUUUCCUCUCACCUGUUUCAGCUUCGAUCCACCACAUAAUUAAUCUUCUGAUUUCCCAACAACAGAUCACGAAACCCCUCUUCUCUCUCCGCGAUCUCCGGUGGGUCUCCGGCGACCUAAACAGAGGUGUUCUCGGCGGAGGUGAGGGCAAAUGAGGGAUGUUCUCCUGGUUGGCGAGAAUGGCGCUUUUUUGUUUGCGACCUAUGCGACGGUACGGCCGUAUGAACAGGGAUGAUGAUGAUGAUAACAACGGUGACCAUGACGACAUCGACGGCGACUCCUCCGGUGAUUCUCUCCUCUGGUCUAGGGAACUCGAGAGGCAUUCCUUCGGUGAUUUCUCCAUGGCCGUCGUGCAAGCUAACGAGGUCAUUGAGGAUCACACCCAAGUCGAGACUGGAAACGGCGCCGUUUUCGUCGGAGUUUACGAUGGCCAUGGUGGUCCUGAAGCUUCAAGAUUCAUCUCUGAACAUCUCUUUCCCCAUUUGAUGAGACUUUCGAGAGAAAAGGGUUCCAUUUCAGAGGAUACUCUGAGGGCUGCAUUUUUUGCAACUGAGGAAGGGUUUCUCACGCUUGUGCGAAGGACUUGCGGGUUAAAACCGUUGAUUGCAGCAGUUGGAUCUUGCUGUCUAGUGGGAGUUAUCUGGCAGGGGACCUUGCUUAUCGCUAACGUUGGGGAUUCCCGUGCUGUGCUCGGUUCCAUGGGUAAUAGUAGGUCAAACAAGAUUGUAGCUGAGCAAUUGACAAGUGAUCACAAUGCUGCUUUGGAAGAAGUAAGACAAGAGCUUAGGUCGUUGCAUCCGGAUGAUUCGCACAUCGUUGUCCUCAAAAACGGUGUGUGGCGCGUCAAAGGCAUCAUUCAGGUAUCGAGAUCAAUCGGUGAUGCGUACUUAAAGCGGCCAGAGUUUUCUCUUGAUCCUUCAUUUCCGCGGUUCCAUAUCCCUGAACGGCUACAAAGACCGGUUCUAUCAGCAGAGCCUUGCGUCUACACAAGAGUCUUGCAAACAAGAGAUAAGUUUGUGAUAUUCGCAUCAGAUGGACUCUGGGAACACAUGAGCAACCAGCAAGCUGUGGAGAUAGUGAAUAAACAUCCUCGUCCUGGGAUAGCGAGAAGGCUGGUGAGAAGAGCGAUGAACAUAGCUGCGAAGAAGAGAGAGAUGAGGUACGAUGAUUUGAAGAAAGUGGAGAGAGGAGUUAGGAGAUUCUUUCACGAUGAUAUAACGGUGGUUGUGAUAUUCAUAGACAAUGAGCUCCUUAUGGUGGAGAAAGCCACUGUUCCUGAAUUGUCCAUCAAAGGUUUUUCUCAUACCGUUGGACCUUCCAAGUUCAGUAUCUUCUUCUCUUAAGAUUUUUUUUUUUUUUUUGUUCAACAUACUCUCAGAGUUAUACAUUAAUGCUAAAAACGAACACGGAUCGAUUUUGUACCAACAUGUUGAUUUUAGUUACAAAAAUUGUAGGUACAGUAAUAACAUCCUUCAACUGCUCAUUUGUAUGCGAAUAAUCAAAA